UAUUCGCUUUUUAGACAGCUUUUGAUCACAGAAUAGAAAAACAUGUUGAUGGAUCGAUUGUUUUUGUUUAUAUUUCAGAUUUUUUUGAAUCGCUCUGCUCUUUUUAAUAAAGGGUAUUUAUUGCUUCUGAUGCUGUAAAUAUACCUAAGUGUGAUUUUUGAUUUAUAUUAAACAAAUGUCUGAAGUUCAUAACUUCUGCCGACUAUGUAUGGAUACAAAAGUUUUAAAGAAUAUGUUCGUGGAAAACCUGAGUUCUAAAAUCUUUUCAUGUGUGGAAAUACAGGUUCAUCCGGAUGAUGGCUUGCCUCAAUGUAUUUGUGUAAAAUGUGAACAAAAUAUCAAUAGCUUCUAUAAUUUCAAACAGAAAUGUUCUGAAAUAAAUAAUAAACUGAAGAGUUCUUUAGAAGCACAAGAACUGGAUUCCAAGUCCUCAAGUGAUGUAGAAACAACCAUUAAAAUUGAGUAUGAUUUUAGUAACAGUGAUUUAAAAGACACAUUAGAGUCAUGGCUAGGAGGUGAUGCUCGACCAUUUAACCACCAUUACCUAGAAGAAGAAUUAACUAACCUAGAAGAUGAAAUAAAUAGUUCCUUUUUAGACAAAAAACAUACUUCUGAAGACAAUAUUCAUGAAAGUAAACCAUGUUAUGAGAAAAAGCAGAAUAAGAAAACAAAAGAACAAAUUGUAUAUCAGUGUGAACUAUGUGGUAACAUAUACAAAACAAGGUCUAUCUUAGAGACUCAUCUUAAAUCUCACACAGGGGUGAAGCUAUACUCAUGUAGUGUAUGUCCAAAGAGGUUUACAAGAGCUGCACACAAAAUUGUCCACAUGAGAGCUCACAUGGGCAUAAAGCCAUAUAUUUGUGAAAUUUGUGGGAGAUCAUCUACAAAAAGACAAGACCUAAUCAGGCAUUUACGUAUCCACAGUGACGAGAAAAAGUACAAUUGCCCCACUUGUGAUAGAAAAUUCAAAAGAUCUGGUGAUGUGCAUGCACACAUGAGGACUCAUACGGGUGUGAGGCCCUUCCACUGCCCCAACUGUGACAAGUGUUACACAUCACAAAGUGGAUUACGAAAACAUUAUAAAACUCAUUGUAAUAGUAAAGCUUUUGUUAACAACCUCUUAUCUAAAGCCAGUGCAGAAUAGUUGAAUAAGUUUAGUUUAUUUAUAAAUUAAAGAUCUCUUAUUUAAA